AUGAAUGCUAUCAAGCAGACUUUUCAGCGCUGCAAAGCGCAGGGUAAAGCGGCGCUUGUGACGUAUGUCACGGCUGGUUUCCCUUCCCCUCAUGACACGACCGAUAUCCUCCUCUCGAUGGAAAAAGGCGGCUCAGACAUUAUUGAGCUCGGUGUACCAUUCACCGAUCCUAUUGCGGACGGCCCGACUAUCCAGACAGCCAAUACUCUCGCUCUCCGACAUGGCGUCACCAUCGAAACCACACUGGCCAUGGUCAAAUCGGCAAGGGACAAGGGAUUGCGAGCUCCGGUGCUUCUCAUGGGCUACUACAACCCCUUGUUGCGCUACGGAGAGGAGCAGUUACUCCAAGACUGUCGAGCUGCCGGUGUCAACGGCUUCAUCAUCGUGGACCUGCCGCCCGAAGAAGCCGUCUCCUUCAGAAAGCUUUGCACCAAGGGAGACCUCUCCUACGUUCCCCUCAUCGCGCCAGCGACAUCGGACACCCGGAUGAAGAUUCUGUGUCAAUUGGCGGAUUCCUUCAUAUACGUCGUCUCCAGGCAAGGUGUCACUGGUGCGUCAGGAUCACUGAAUGCCAAUCUCCCCAACCUUCUCGAGCGAGUCAAAAAAUACAGUGGCGACAAGCCCGCUGCGGUCGGCUUUGGUGUUAGCACUCGUGAACAAUUUCUCAGCGUGGCCAACAUCGCCGACGGUGUUGUCGUCGGUAGCCAAAUCAUUACGACAUUGCAAAAGUCUGCCGACGGCCAGGGCCCCAGUGAGGUUGAGAACUUCUGCGCCCAUCUCUGUGGCCGGGACGCUUUACCCCAGGAGAAUGCGACCAGGGAGGUUGGAAUUGUCGAAGCAAUCAGUGGCGCAAAGGGACCCGAUGGGGACCAAGUAACCGUCAGUGCCGUCGUGACGGAGGAUCGCAUAACGUCCGAGAAAGACAGUGCUCUGGUCGCGCAACUUGCCGCCCUGCACGGCAAGAUACCGGAAAGGUUUGGCGAGUUUGGAGGCCAGUAUGUCCCCGAGAGUUUGAUGGACUGCCUCUCCCAGCUCGAAGAGGGCUUCAACAAAAUAAAGGAUGACCCUGCUUUCUGGGAAGAGUAUCGAUCCUACUACGAUUACAUGGGCCGACCCUCACGCCUGCAUUUGGCGGAGAGACUGACUGAGCACGCCGGUGGCGCAAAUAUUUGGCUGAAGAGGGAGGAUCUCAACCACACAGGUAGCCACAAGAUCAACAAUGCCCUGGGACAGUUACUUCUAGCCAAGCGUCUGGGAAAGACGAAAAUCAUUGCCGAGACUGGGGCUGGUCAACACGGCGUCGCGACGGCAACUGUUUGCGCCAAAUUCGGCAUGGAGUGCACUGUGUACAUGGGCGCUGAAGAUGUUCGUCGUCAGGCCCUCAAUGUGUUUCGCAUGAGAUUACUGGGUGCCAAGGUUGUGGCCGUCGAGGCUGGCAGCAAAACGCUUCGCGAUGCGGUAAACGAAGCGCUCCGAGCUUGGGUCGUUGAGCUCGACACGACACAUUACAUUAUUGGCUCAGCCAUUGGACCUCACCCAUUUCCAACCAUUGUCAGGACGUUCCAGUCCGUCAUUGGUCAGGAGACCAAGAAGCAGAUGGUGGAGAAGCGAGGCAAACUGCCCGACGCAGUCGUCGCGUGCGUGGGAGGAGGUAGCAAUGCUGUCGGCAUGUUCCACCCCUUUGCAAACGACUUGUCUGUGAAGCUGCUCGGCGUCGAGGCGGGCGGGGACGGCGUUGAGACUGGUCGACACAGUGCCACCUUGACGGGAGGCUCCAAAGGGGUGCUGCACGGAGUGCGAACCUAUGUGUUGCAAGACAAGAAUGGCCAGAUCUCGGAAACCCACUCCGUGUCGGCAGGUCUCGACUACCCAGGAGUCGGGCCCGAGCUCAGCUCUUGGAAGGAUACCGAUAGGGCCGAGUUUGUUGCUGCCACGGAUGCACAGGCUUUCCAAGCCUUCAGGCUCAUCAGCCAGUUGGAGGGCAUCAUUCCGGCUCUCGAAUCUGCGCAUGGCAUCUACGGGGCGAUUGAGCUGGCCAAGACGAUGAAGAAGGACCAAGACCUUGUCAUUUGCCUGAGCGGCCGCGGCGACAAGGACGUGCAAAGCGUGGCCGAAGAGCUUCCCCGGCUGGGACCUCAAAUCGGCUGGGACUUGCGCUUUUGA